AUGUGCCGGUCGAGCUACUUAUCUAUCAAUUGCCUCGAACUGACAUUUGGGGGCUUCUUAUGCGUGUUUGGCAACAGCUCUCCCAUUCCCGGCCGCGUAUCCCAUAGUGGCUGUCAUGUAUGGCACUGUCGGACGCGUCCCGACUGCCCAUCCCUUCCGGCAAAAGAUCACGUCGUCGUAAAUCUGGCCGUAAGGAGCAGUCAAACCGAUACUGAUUUCAUCGGCCCUUCAUUUAUAUUCUACGAUUGCAGUCCUCAUAAAAUGUAA